GCAAGACUUGAAAGAAAAAGAUGACCUUCUUACUGUUAUAUGCCCUGAAGUCCAGGCCUCCAGUGACCUGAAAGUUGCUAGCCCAUUAUUGACCAGCAGCUUCUGUUGAGAUUCUGAUGCAUUAAACCAUAACACCUGGCUGUGUGACAAAAAACAUUUUUCUCCAAAGCUGUUGCCAGGUUGCUGGGAUGGGUAAUCUGCUUAAGGUCCUAACCAGGGAGAUUGAAAACUAUCCACAUUUUUUCCUGGAUUUUGAAAACGCACAACCUACAGAUGGAGAGCGGGAGAUUUGGAACCAAGUGAAUGCUGUACUGCAGGAUUCUGAAAGCAUUUUGACAGAGCUGCAGGCUUAUAAGGGAGCCGGACAAGAGAUAAGAGAUGCAAUUCAAAAUCCCAGUGACGGCCAGCUGCAGGACAGAGCAUGGAGCUCAGUGUGCCCAUUAGUUGGGAGACUUAAGAGGUUCUAUGAAUUCUCUAUAAGAUUGGAGAAAGCAUUGCAGAGUCUUUUGGAAUCUUUAACCUAUCCACCUUACACGCCAACUCAACAUCUGGAACGGGAACAAGCUCUGGCCAAACAGUUUGCUGAAAUUCUGCAUUUUACUCUCCGUUUUGAUGAGCUUAAGAUGAAAAAUCCAGCCAUCCAGAAUGACUUUAGCUAUUACAGACGAACUAUUAGUCGUAACAGAAUUAAUAACAUGCAUUUAGAUGCUGAGAAUGAAGUAAACAAUGAAAUGGCCAACAGAAUGUCCUUAUUUUACGCAGAAGCUACACCAAUGUUAAAAACAUUAAGUGAUGCAACAACCAAAUUUGUAUCAGAGAACAAGACCCUACCUAUAGAAAAUACGACUGAUUGUUUAAGUACAAUGGCUAGUGUGUGCAAAGUCAUGUUGGAAACACCGGAGUACAAGAGCAGAUUCACCAAUGACGAAACUCUACUGUUCUGUAUGAGAGUGAUGGUGGGCGUCAUUAUACUGUAUGAUCAUGUACACCCUGUGGGAGCAUUCGCAAAAACAUCAAAAAUUGAUAUGAAAGGAUGCAUAAAAGUUCUGAAAGAGCAGCCACCAAACAAUGUGGAAGGUCUUCUGAAUGCACUCAGGUACACCACAAGACACCUGAAUGAUGAAUCAGCAUCCAAACAGAUUCGAACCAUGCUUCAGGUUCAGUAACUCCUUGGGCAAGAGGAUCUCUGUCCUGACCUCAGAAGAUGUACAUGUUUACAUAAUUUAAUACAAGUUGGUGUUAAUACUUAUUUGUCUUAUUUACCAUAACCAUUCCCUCCUCAUCACUUAACAUAUGAAGAAAAACCUUUAUAAUAAAAUCGAUGAAUGGCAUUUUUUUUAUUUUUACAUAGCAUAAUAUGAAGCAUACCUGCAGCCUUAUAUUUGAUGUUGCAAAGUGCAGUUUGGUUUUGGCAGAAUUGAUGUUACAACGCUAUUUUGCUCCAGUUUGAAUUUCUCUAUAUUGCUAUAAAGACCCGGUACAUCUGCAAAUCUUAUUGUAAAUUUUGCUAGUGUUUUAGUGUGUUAGCAUUCAGGGAACUAGUUCUUACUAUGACAAAGAACAACACACAAGCUUGCUGAUUUUUUAAGUUGUCUUUCACAUGUUUGGUCAGUCAGCUACUAUGGGCAUAGAUCAUUGAGAUCUGCACCUUGUUCCAUCUGGUGCUCAUAUUUGGUUGGAAACAUGCUUUUGAGCUUUGAAGAGAUAACAUCUCUUUUACUAGCCUGCAGCAAUGAAUUUAAGAAUCACUUUUACACUCUCCUAGUUUAUCUGUCAUUUUAAAAAAAAUGAACAGACUAUGAAAUGUCAAAAAAAAGCCCGUAAGAUUAAAAAGCCAUACCAUUUUAACUGCACGAUUUCUGUGCUAGCAUUUUAAAGCAGACCAUUAAUGGAAUACAGAUGAUUUUCUUCUGAGCUUCACCACAUGAACAUGAAAAUAAGAUUAUAUGUCUAGUCUGGACUUAUUGGGCAUUUUAAAUUUGUCAGGUUGUGCAUUUUACAUUUAUAUGCACUUUCAGUUAAAAGAAGGGGGAAUACUACAUACUGGCAAAAAGGUAGGUAUGCCGAUAAGCAACAGGCAGCAUUGGUACAAGGUCGCAUGCUCUUAGUUGAAUGUAAUUACAGUCAUUGCUAAGCAUGUACUACAGACUGAUAAAUCAAUCGAUCCAAAUUUUGUUACAUAAGAGUGUUAUGCUGCAAAGUAAUAAUAAAAACCAUUUUAAUGAUUGAGGGCAAAUGUUAAACCUGAAAUGAUAUCUGCAAAAUAUAGCUUAGGGAAGCAAAUUGAACAGAAGGGAGAAUAAACGAAAAACAUUUAAGGAAAAUUUAUAUAGGCCUAUAAGAAGAGGGUAUGUUUCUUUAACGUCUUCAUUGAUGUAAAACUAUAUUUCUAUUUCAACGUAUUUUUUAUACAAGCAAUAAAAUUUCACGUGAUGCAUUCUAUGAAUGAAGUGCACAUAAAUUAAACGCAAUUUAAUAAGAAUUCUAACAAAAUAUAUCACACCUGUAUUCUGCAAGUAGGGGAUAUGUCACAAUAAUGCACAUAAAUAAUAUUUGUUUCCAUAGUAUGGUUGAAUGAAUAAUCCACAAUUGCUGAAGUUUUGAAUAGUCAGCAUCAUGAGUGAAAGUAUAAAUUGUAGUACAUGCGUGCCAACAAUGUAUUCUUUUUACACCACAGGUUUACCAUUGUUAAUUUUUAAGAAAAAAUUUAUCUCAAUAGGGUAGCAAUGGUAGUAGGAUUUUCUAAAGCUGCCUUCUGGUCAUGCAAGCUGGCCCUAAUCUCCUUGAAGAGAUGACUAGCCAGUAUCAUGAACUGAGGAAAAUCUCCUUAGGGCAAAUACAGAUUUUCCUCUUCAAACAUUAUAUUUUACUUGCUUGUUAUACAUUUGAGAUUCUAACUCAGCGACCCUUUGUCCUUCUGGAUAUACUGUAUUUUAAAAAUGUGAGGAAACUUAAAGCUCACAGGUUUGAUUUUUAUUAGCAAUCAGAAUGUUCAAAUUACUAUUUUGAAGUAUUAUCUAUGUAUAUGAAGCCUCUCCAUUACAUAUGGAGUAUCUUACAGAGUAUAAGGUUGGAGUUAAUUGAGUAUUAAAAUUUUACAAAAUUUUUACUUUUUAAAAAAUACAACUUGAAAACUGAGUUAAAAAUCUAGGAUUGGUCAGUUAUUUCCAUGGCAAUGUUUUUUUGGGGAAAACAGCGUUGAGUUGACUCGAUCAAGAGUGAUUGUGUAGUAGGUCCAACCCUUGAAAUUAAUGUCGUGUACCUGUGGAAAAGUGAAAAUAUUUUCUUGGAUUGUUAGCAACACCGCUAGUACAAGUUAAUACUUACACAAAUAGCCUACAGAAUUCAGUGGCAAAGUGGCCAGCAAGGGGGUUAAAUCUGAUUGCAUCCACUUGGCAACAUCACAUUAGGUGCCUUGAGAGAUCUGCCACAACAAUUUGAUACAGUUGAAUAUUGUGUCCGAUUUGAGCCAGGUGAAUCUGCUACUGCACUGUAAGAUAUUAUGAAGGACCCAAUCAUAUUGUAUUUUUUUAGGUAUAUUGACUUGGGUUUAAUUGCAAUAUCAAAUUCAAGAAUGUCCCUUUCACACAGGUAACAAAAAUUAUACAUAAAACUGUAGAAUCUCAAUUCCAGUACUAAUGACUAUCAUAGCAUUUCUUUUGCAUUACAGUCUUUCUUUAAAGUUGCCAAGAUGAGAGCACAGUAGUAGAAAGUCAGCAACUUUUGUGAAUACUUGAUCAUCACAUUAUUAGCAUUAAUUUAUAAGUUUCAGAGGAUUUAUUUGGAAAAAUUCUGUUUGUGAACGGUAUUUUGAAUGCACUGGAAAAUGAAAAUGUGGCUUAAAUGCAUUCCCCAAAGAGUAAUAUUUGCCACUUUAAAAUAUGUUUAAAGCUGGUUUAGAGAUCAGGCCUUUUAAAUGGUGGCGUGACACUUCAAUUCCAUUGUAUUAAAACAGUAUUCAUCCUAUGUGAGAUUUGCUAUUUUAUUCCACUGAGUUAUUGUUGCAGUUUAAUAUGAGUAAUAAAAGCUUUGAUAU